ACAGGAUGGGUGGUUGGCGUUGUUUCUCAAGUUAUUUUAACAAUAGGUCAAAGAGGAAAGUGGACACAGAGGAAACAGCACAAUCACAUACAGACCUGCAGCAGAGAAGUCUCACAACCCGUCCAUCUGCCGACAGGGAAUAGACACAGAAUGUCUCUACUGGAAUUAAUCCUUAUUUUCGUGCUUCAGUUUGAAGCAGGCAUCCUUGGAGAAACCACUCUCUAUAAAAGACCUGGACAUGAUGUCAUUGUGCCCUGUGCCCUUACAUCAUCCUCUGACACAACAUGCUCCAGUGUUAUAUGGUUUUACAGAAGAGUAUUAUCUCAGACUUUCAAUGAGGUUGUGAAUGGAAAAGUUGAGCAGACCUCAGCCCGAGCUGCCAGGCUGAGUCUGGACGCCAGAUGCUCUCUGGUCAUUAACAACAUCACUGCUGAGGAUGCUGGUCGCUACACCUGCUGGCAGGGGAGGACCCCUAAUAAUGAUAUACAUGUACAGCUCAAUGUUCUGACAAUCUCUCCAUCUCCACCAGAUGCUGAUCCAAAGAGGGACGGUAACAUCACAUUAGAGUGCUCUCUGUUGAGAUACAGCGACCUCCCUCCAUGUCAACAGAACAGCAUCCGCUGGGUAGAUGAGACAGGAACUGUGUUGCUUGGUGAAGGUGUCGGAUACAAGCUCCUCAGACAGAAGAACUGUGUUUCUGUUUUGACUGUGAAGCGUCAGAGUGGCCACAACAGGAGAUACACCUGCCAGGUUGUUGAUAAGAAGAACAAUGUAGAGAUAGAGGCUGACUACACACCUUUCUUCACAGGUUCAAAAGUUUCCACAGGUUGGUCUCCUCUGAGCUACGUCAUGUUGACUCUACGGAUUGCAGUACUCAUCCUAAUGAUUGUAAUCACAGUUCUUUUCUUCAGAUACAGAGGGAACACAAAACCACUUGAUAAUGAGAACAAUGUGAAUAGUGAUGCAGAAGUCCAGUAUGAAAAUGUAAAAGCACAUCCUGCUGCUACUAGACUGCAGUGAUCGACAACUUCCACACCAACUUCAUCUCACCACAAAGUCAAAUAUCAUCACAGUCAUUUUACAUGAUGAAAGCUUAGAGUUAAAUUGUUUUAUGUUUAUGAUGCAUUGUUUUUUCUUUUUAUGACUAAAUCAUUUCUGUCAAACUGUUUCCAUGCCGUUCCAUGAGUUGUUGACGGCAUGUUGUUGUGUAGUUUCAGAUCGUAAAAUAUUUAUAAUUUAAUCAGUGUUUCCAGAUUAAUAAAGGAAAUAAAUUACAGCUGUAAUGACA